AUGGAACAUAUAGCCAACCAAAUUAACCGGGACGAUACGGGCGAUGUUGUGAAGGACAUGCAAAAUGCCCCUUCUUCCGCCAAUAUGAAUCUUCCAUUGCCCUCCAGCAAAGGCGACUCAGACGGUGUUGUUGACGGCUCAGGCAACGGCAACACGGGCGUGGGAGGUUCGGGGUCACAGACCAAAGUCAUUGUCUUCAAUUCCACAAACUUCGAGGACGGUUAUGUUUUUCAGCUCAAGGAUAGCGACCAGAACAGAAAGAUCAUCGGCUUUUCCAAACCCGACUCCAAAACCACGCUCGAUGUGGUCCAAUGGCAGGUUAUCAACGACGACAACAUUGAGUCUUUAGGUGAUGUCGAAUUUAGGGAUGCGAAGACCGAUGGACAACUCACAGAUGUCGACAACAAUUCGGUGACCCUCAACUUUGGAGGCGGAACCUCGAAAUACUACGGAAAAGAGAUGUACAUUCAAAUUGACUGGAAGAAGGAUGGAGCUUCAGGCUACACCAAAACAGAACUCUUCACUGUCACCAAUACCGAUAACACCACUGAGAUCACCAACAGGAGACUUUGGAAUCUACCACUUCCUCAUCCUCAUCGGCAACAGCCACUCUUUCGCCUUCGUCGACUGCAGGGGCUGAAGAGAGUUCCGGUGGCGGCGGCGGCGGCGGGCGGGGGGCUCUCAACCGGCGCAACUGCUGGCAUUGCCGUUGGUGCCGUUAUUGGCGGUCUUCUCAUCAUCGGUGCUCUGGUAUGGUUCUUUCUUCGUCGGCGUCGACGCAGCAAGAAGGCUGGUGAUGAGUAUGUUACACAGCAAACAUACGCAGUGGACAAGGAGACUCAUGGCCGUGCUGCCGACUCACCCAACUCGCCCUACUCAGAUGAAAACCACAUGCAACCUGUUGCCCUCGGUAGCCUCGACCGAGAUCGCGGUGUCGCUCCAACUCCCCCACCUGGCGGCGUGCCUCGUUCAUCCAUCGGGUCCCACGAUCGUGCAGCACACAGCGGUGCUCAGACACCCCAGGGCAUGUCGUCCAAUGUGGCUCACUUGGUCGAAGAUGGUAUGACAGUCGAUGAGAUCCGAAGAUUAGAGGAAGAGGAGCGGCAGCUGGAUGAUGAAAUCGAGCGUGCUGCAAGACGAUAG